AUGCUUUGCGUCAUCGGUUGCUGCUUGUUCGUGUACUGCUCGGAUAUAUACAGGCUAUGCCCAGGUUGGGGCUCUGUGCGAAAAUUCGACGCCGAUGGCAACGAGGACCAACGAGCAAGAGAAGAUUUGCUCCAAAGAGAAUAUGCGCAGCACCAGGCCGCUUUGAUGGAAGGAACGCCAGCUGCAGCGAAAGUUUAUGGCUCCAUAGGAAAGCCAACCUGGGGCGUCUUGGAAGCACCGACUCAAAGAGAGGUUCUCGUACAACACCCAGUCCAUGGAGAAGUGAAGGUGAGGGAAAACUUUGAGGACACACAACGACUUCGACGAGAGUCUUCGUGGUGGGCGAAGGAUGAGCGCUUUUUCAUGGAGCAGUCGAAGGUGUCGAGGACUCAGUUGCUGAUCAACGAGCCAACUGCAAGACUGAUGGGCAGUGUGAUUUGA